AUGAAGCAAGUGGACCGUCCUCCAAAUAACCCCAAGCGUAUAACAAUUCAGUCAAGCCAGGAGUGUUUCAGUGUUGACAUUCCCUCUGCAGAACAGCCUAAUCCAUGUCCAGAAGUUGGAAAUCCUCCAAAUGUUGACAGUCAAAAUUUGACCAAUGAAACCGUUCAGAUUGAUUCUGAUGAAGAUGACUUCAUGCCAGCUCUGAAGAAGCGUAAUGUUUCUGAAAGCCACACAAGAGUGUUAAGAAAAGUCGUGACAAAGAGGAUUAAACAUGAGGAGCUACCCCGACAGAGGCUUAAUGUGAGGUGCAACCCUCAAGAUGUCAUUGCAAGCAUUAACAUUUUGAAUGAAAGACAACGUGAGGCUAUAAGACGUAAAGGUUUCUCUACCAUUCUUGAUAUGACAGUAGAUGCGCUGUGCAGUAGAUCACACCUUCAAUGGUUGAUGGACAAGCUAGACCCCAAGGAUAUGACAAUACGUCCUGGUCCAGGAAAGGAACUCAAGAUCACAAAGGACAUUGUUCAUCUUAUCCUUGGCGUGCCAAAUCAUGGCGGUGGUAAACCUUUGGGGAUUGACGAAGCAGUUGCAGCAAGCAACUUGAGGGCAGAGCUUGGUGUGGCCAAAGAUGAGUUCAAUGUGACAUUUCUACAGGAUCGUUUAAGGAAAGGCGAGGAUGAUGACCUUUCAAUCAGAUGUUUCUUCCUCAUUCUAUUCAACCGUCUGCUGUUUCCAACUGCUAGCUGGGGCAUAACAUAUCAUGAGGUGCUUCUCACAGAAGAACUGCACCGUUUCCAUGAGAUCGACUGGUGCCAGUUGAUUUUUAAUGAUCUAUGUGAAGCUGCCAAGAAGUGGCACAACCGAAUCACCACAAAUGUCUCCACGACUAUAUAUGGAUGCUCCAUUGUUGUCCUUUUGUAUUACUUGGAUCACCUGCAUACAACCGCUGCCCCCCAAAAUAAGACUGGCACACCUCGCAUUAAAUUUUUUGAUAAGAAUAGCAUAAAAGCUUUGACCAAAGCUGACAAGAGGAAGUUGGUUACUCACAGUCACUACAAUUUUAUUUCUAGUUCCGAAGCUCGACAGAGACAUGCUAUGCAGUUGGACCUAAGAUCGAUCGCCAAUCUGAGGACCAAUAUUUUUGAUGCACUGCGCCCUGCCCCCAUGCCUCGGCCAACUUUUAACAUCAAACUUCCAUCUAUCAAAGAGAUGAUGUCAAGUAAGAUCAACGAUCUCCCACAUCGUCAUCGAUCUAAAUUCAUAGAUAUUCUUGCUGCAUAUGACUUGGAGGUUGACAAGUCAUGCGUAGCCAUAAAAGACAGCAUUGACAAAAUUAUUGAGAAGCAAUACGACAUAGCAGACAAGUUUAUAGAAUUGAUAGACGAGGUACUACGUGCCGAGUCUGAAAAUUUAGAAAACGAGACUGAUGAGCUACAGCAACCGGGGAAUUCGGCUGAUUCAGCAGUAUACACAGCAACAUUUGAUUUAUAA